AUGGCAGUUUGCUCCUGGCCAGGACUUAUCAGGUGUCCAUGGGUUCAUCCACAGCCAACAGACGCCCCUUGGACGGCAGUUACCCAACAACCAGCCCUUGUCCCAAUCCCAAGACCCAGUCGUCCCUUUCUCGAGCCGGGCGUGUCGCUGAUCAGCAAGGCCAGCUAUGACUCCACGACAGGGCUCUUCCGGGAACAAAUCUUUCGCAGAAUUGAUCGAGCAGACCCAUCUCCAGCAGGCCAUUCCGACGCGCCACAGCUCAACGGCGGGAGCAAGCGCAAAUACAGCAACUACGAGAACCAAGACGACAGCGAUGAGGCUCCCAAGUGCAAGAUGUACAACGGCGCAGGUCGCGGUAGUCGAGGUCCAGGAUGGUGGCCAUGGCCGUAG